UUAAUACGGGGUAUAAAACUCCGUUUUCUCUCUCUACGUAACGUUCCGCCGUUGAUUUCCACAAGGCACCACCCCGCAUAUAAAUACGACAGCUGGGCGGGGGGGCAAGCGUUUCCUGGUGCACAGCUGAAUUCCUGGAUAGAUUCUCCUUUUUAAUUUCUCUCCUCCUUCUUAAUCCAGGGUUUCCUUAUUCCUGUUCUUCGCUAUCCCCGGCGGCUUGAUUAAGUAAGGGAAGAGCUGAGGAUUCUUGAUUUUCCGAUGAUGGACGGCGGAAGAGAGGCGGAGAAGCGGAAGCGCCGGCAGAGCCAGCAGGAGAAACCCUACAGGGGGAUUCGCAUGAGGAAGUGGGGGAAGUGGGUGGCGGAGAUUCGCGAGCCCAACAAACGCUCCCGGAUUUGGCUCGGCUCCUACUCCUCCCCCGUCGCCGCCGCCCGCGCUUACGACACCGCCGUCUUCUACCUCCGCGGCCCCUCCGCCCGCCUCAACUUCCCCGAGUUCUUCGUCCACGACGAUCGGCUCCCAGACCUCUCCGCCGCCGAUAUCCGCAAGAAGGCCACCGAAGUCGGAGCUAGGGUUGACGCCCUCCAGACCGCUCCCCAUGCACCGCCCAAAUCCGACCGGAACCCGAUCCAAACCCGCCCCGCCCCCUUGAAACCCGACUUGAACGAGUACCCCAGCCCCGACAGCUCCGAGGAAGACAACUGACCCUCCACGACGGCGGACACCAAACAGCAAUUUUCCGGCCGCCGCACACCCAUGAUGUUUUCCGGUAUAAUCCGAAGGGAUUAUAUGUUCAUAGUUUACCUUCAACUAGUUGUUUAAAUUAUAUAAUCAAAAAAAUUACUAUACAUACAACAAUCCAAAUAUAUUCAGUUA